AUGUAUGGCAUAUUCUAUGCACCGGAAAAACUACAAAUAAGAAGAAAAGAUCGUGAGAAAAAGAAAUACCUUGUAAGUCAUACAUGGAUAGUUAAAACACCUCUCCCUCUUAUAUCCGGUCAGUCAUAUAUAAAUAUCAAUAAAAAAACAAAAAAAAAUUCAAACAUUUGGGAAUUUCGUAUUCUUCCAGAGACAAGUAAUACCUCUUUGAACACUGCGAUGCACACUAUGGUAAAGAAUGGACAGCAAACACCUGUAUUGCUGGGUUCUAAAAUCGAACCCAGGGAUAGCACAAGCAUAAAAAGUUUAGUCAACGAACCAAACACUCCCACCGAUAUGUACCACCCAAAGAUUAAAACAGAGUAUGAUAUGACUAUCAAGAAAGAGUCUCCCACUUCAACCGAGCCACUCAAGGAAACAACAAAGGACACUUCAAAGGACACUCCAAAGGAAACACUCAUUUGUAAAUGGUCUCAUUGCUACCGGGAGUUCCAGCAGGCAGAACUGUUGUACCACCACUUAUGCCAAGAACACGUUGGAAGAAAGUCCCAAAAGAACUUGCAACUGAAAUGCCAGUGGGACAAUUGUACUUCAAAGACUGAGAAAAGAGACCAUAUGACAUCUCAUCUUCGGGUCCAUGUGCCUCUGAAGCCAUUCGCUUGCUCGACUUGCAGUAAACGCUUUAAAAGACCCCAGGACUUGAAGAAGCAUUUAAAGAUACACCUGAGUGACCUAGGAAUAGAUGCACCAAAAAAGAAAAGAGGUCCUAAAGUCGGUUCGAAGCGAGUCAAUAGCAAAUCUUUCCACAAAGUAUCCUAUGACCAAGUUCCUGCAAUUGGCAGCGCUUCACAACCAAGGUUUAACCACUACGCACCUAUGCAAGCGAGCCAACCUGUAUCUUACGAGCACUGGGUCCAGAUGGAAAUGCCACAUUACACACCCGUUUACAGCCCCGCAUUGGCUGAGCGAGUACAGGCUAUUUCUGCACCAACACUCUACGUACAAGGGUUCGAGAAUCGAGAACCAGUCGUCGCCGCAACACAGUUUUUCACUCGAUUAUCCACAAAUAUGGCAUACCAAGUGCCAAAUAUUCAAAAUCAGCAUCUUUAUGUGCCAAACUAUGUAGGUAGACCAGAUAAUCUGUAUCUGCACAGCACAGCACAUUCAUCUGACAAUUCCGUAAAAACGUCUUCAUCAUCGAGUCCAAUAGAAACGAGCGUGCCUACUACCCACCAUACAGAUAACAAAAGAAGUCCCUUACCUGCCAUCCAUUAUGUGCCCCAAAGCAAUAUACCUCUCGUACAUUCACAUGUUCAACCACACUACAGUGCAAAUGAGGUAAGACCUUUGCCUAGUCUAUCAUCUAUAUCAAUGGUUACACCAAAAUAUGUCAUCGACCAAAACUUACCGAAGUACAAUAGAACAUAUGAUACUUUCAGUACAAAUCAAAAGAGCUGUGCUGAUGAGGAAGAAGAGAUAUAUGAUUCUGAUGUUUCAGAUGAUGAAAUUUCAGACAUGAUGAACAAGGUUAAUUUGUCGGAUAAAAACGCUAAUGAAGAAGAAUACGACAGCGAUGAGGAAGAUUUUAUUGCUACAUUUAAGAGGGUAAAUAUCUUGAAGGAUUAUGCAAUUUGUACAUUAUUGGAAGAGGAAUAUGAUACUGAGGAUGAACCUGAACCAGUACUUCAGCCUAAUGUUGCUGAAUCAAAAUCAUUUGAUGCACACUUAAUGACUUUUCCGGAAAUCCUAAUAUGA